AUGUUAAGUCGUUGCAUCUCCCGUAAUGCCAAGCUGCCAACAAAGUUCAGAAUAGCCUCUCGCUUAUACUCGGAUGGCCCUCUAGGUGGUUCCGGCCCCGGUGGAGUUCAAGACAUUUUCAUCAAGAGGGAACGUGCCAAGGAAGAUUUCUUUGCCAGGCAACAAGAGAGAGAACAAUUAGCUCACGUCAAGGAACAGUUAAAAGAACACAAAAAGAAACUAGAACAUUUAGAGAACAAGAUUAAUGAUCUUUCAAAGUGA